UUUGCAGUCUGCCCAACCAGUCGGUUGGGUUUGGAUGUGUUGCCCGCUCUUCCAGCUGCAUUGCAUGGCUGCAAAAUAAAAGAAAAACUCAUUUCAAGUAACGUCAAAUUGAGCAAGCCAAACAAAGCCUUGACGAACGGCCUCAGGAGGCUGCCAUAGAACCGCAUAUCCAGUUUCCGCAACCAGCAGCAGAGCAAAAGAUGUUGUCCAGCAAAAGCGGCAGCCUAAGUUCGCUGGACGCGCUGCCCAAACAAUUCGUGCUGUCCAUGAAGAAACUCUUCGACAUUCUGGAUGAUAAGCAGAGCGGCUAUGUGCGCUUUGCGGACAUUGAGAAGGGCUGGCAGGACGAUGGGUCCAAGGGUCUGCCUCAAGGUGUGCUGGAUUCGCUGCGUCGCGUGACGCCGCCUAGCGGUCUGUUAUCCUUCGAACGUUUCUGUGCGGGACUGAAGCUGUGCCUGUUGCGCAAUCAGCAGCAGCAGACGCAGCAUUUGCAGCAGCUACAAAUCCACGAUAAGGUGACCAAGCCGCCGCGACCGCCGUCAGCGCCACAGCUGCUCGGUCUGGGUCUGGGUCUGGACGGCAGUGCGCCCACAGCAAAAGUGCGUCCACGAUCGCAGAUCAGUCCCGAGCUGGAGCUCGAAGUGGAUUACGGUACGCCAGCGCCGCCGCCAAAGCCACCGCGUCAAUCCGCAGGAGCUGCUCCGUUAGCCAAGGCAGACAUACGCAAUGCGCUGCAGAACUGGCAGCUGAGCCUCAUGCACAGCGAGCAGAAGAGCUUGAAGACUGCACGCGAGCAAUUCGAGCAUCGCGGCUCUGCCGAUGGCGGCUCGUCCUCCACCUCGGCCACGGACUAUACUAUGGGAGCAUUGACGCUGGCGCAGCCACCCAAAAAAUCGAAUAAUAAGCGACGAGAGUCACGGAGGCACACCUUGCAGCAUGGCAUUGACUACAAUAUGCUGAAGCGACUGAAGCAUUUGGAGGAGCAGCGAGAGUUGCUGCUCUUCGGCCUAGAUGGCGUGGAGAAGGCGCGCGAUUUCUAUAUGCAGCAGGUGCUCAAUGUCCAGGAGCAGAUUAAGUACUUUGGGCGUUUAGGCACACGAUUUGAGCAAUGGUCAGAGCUGCAGCAGGAGAGACUUAACUAUCAGCGCGCUCGCGUACUGGAAGCCAAUCGCAGCUUAGCCCUGUUGACAGAGACCUGGGAGCAUGGCGGCUAUCCGCUGCACAUCAAUCUCGCCUUACCGCGCAACUCCCUGCAGCACUUCAAUUGCAAGUCAUACGCCUCCAACGAUGCAGAGAUCUACGAACAGCACCAGCAGCAACAACAGCACACGCCAUUUCACAGCUUGCGAAAUAUGUCGAACUUUGUGCUGAGCCAGCCUUCACCUGUGAGUCAAUCCUCUGCGGGCCUGGGCGAUGCGGAUGUUGUCUACUAAAAUUAAUUAUGAAUAG